CGUUUUCGCAGCGCCGAAGCGUACGGUUCAUAGGAGGAACGGAACGGAACGGAGUGGAACGAGACGGAACGGGGAACGCGACGCGAACCAAUUGUUGCUGUUUUUUUGUUGUAACAGUUAAUUGUUUAAAACAAAAACACACACGCCAAAAAUUAAGUAAUAUUUGAGAAAAAGCCGCGCGAAAAUCCAUAAAAAAUCGUUCGUUUGUCGUUUGUGUGCGAGUGUCCACGAAAAGUGCCCCCUCAACAUUGGAGGAUUUUAAUAAAUUCAAUUAAAGUCCAUUAUUUUCAUUGUCUGACGCACAAGCGUGAUGUACAUAUGAAAAAGUAAAAAAUAAAAAAUAAAGGUUUUAAAUCAAGAAAAUCACAUCUUAAAGAAAAGUGAUUGACAGCACAAGAAAAACAAAAGAAAAAAGAAAAGUUCCUUUCCUCCUUGCCCAGAAGGAGAAGAAGAUAGUGAAUAAUAGACGCAGAAAGAGAUAAGAAAUAACGGGGCUUCCAAACACAUAAAGUUCCUUGUUUGUAGAGAACAUUUUGUAAUCAGAGCACAGAUCGAAGCCCUAUAUAUAAAAUGAUUUCACACAGUCCGCCCAUAUUCAGUCACAGUCCACCCGUUAGUUUUCUGGCGGAUUUCAUGAGCGGACAUCAGCGUCAAUCGUUAAACUACAAUGACGAGCCCAACCGUGCGUCUCGCUACUGCCGGCCCCAAGUGAUAAGUCUGGCCUCCAAAGCCAUGGUCAACAACGCCUCGGCGGCGGUCCAGGGACAGGGCCCCAAUCAACAGAAGGCUGGUGCCACGCCCUUGGGCGUGGGCAGUCGAUCCGGUCGGAGUUACCUGGAGCGUAUGGCCUCCGCCCCGCUGCUCACCAAUCAGCCCAAAUCCUGUCUCAGCCGCAAAUCCUGCCUGCAUAAAUCCCAGAAUCUGAACAGCAGUUCAUCGGCCAGACCCACCACCACAGAUCUCUUGCCAACGGACAGCGAUGUCACGGACAGUGCCAGUCAUGGCUGUAUGUGCAGCAAGGAUAGCGACCAUUGCGAACUGAGCCGUGGCCCCAAGAAGCAUGUGAUCUUUGCCGAUGAUGAGGGCCUAUCGCUGACCGAGGUUCGUGUGAUGUCCGAACCCUCGAAUGUGCCGCCCUUUUGGAGCAUGAAGUUCUUGGAGCAGAUAACACAGGGCCUGGUCAGUCCACAUCCGCCAGAUCAAUGGACGGUGGACUUUAAGCAGCCGGCCUCAGACUAUCUAUCAUUUAGACAAAAGAUAGAGCGUGACUAUGUUUCCCUGGAGAAUGUGAUUGUCAAGGAUGAGGAGUCGAUUGUGGUGGGCACCAUUAAGGUGAAGAAUAUCGACUUUCAAAAGGAGAUCAUUGUCCGUGUGACCUGGGACGACUGGAAGAGCCAACAGGAUAUCUUUUGCACAUUUGCCAGAGCCUAUGGCCCGGCCACCUGUGCCCAUGUUGUCUUCGAUACAUUCUCCUUUAAGAUUACCCUGCCGCCAUCCUCGAAGCGCCUGGAAUUCUGCAUUUGCUAUCGCACCAACGAUACAGAAUAUUGGGAUAAUAAUGAUGGCAAAAACUAUACCAUCAGCAAGCGAUCGCCCUUUUAUUACAACGCCCUGUCGCCCUAUGAUAAGGGUCAGAAUCGCAAUUCAAGCCAACAAAUGCGGUCCACCCUGACCGAUGCCUUGGCCAAGGUGCAGGACCAAAAUGGCUGGCAUCAGGAGCCACAUACGCCAUAUUGGUAAAAAAAGCUUGCUUGGUUAAAAAUGGGGAAGUGGACUUCCCCUAACCAAGCUUAACAAGGAUAUAAGUUUCUCAUUUAGGCCACAUGAACAGAAUCGGAAAAGAAUUUUCAAUUUUAUUGACAGAGAGAGAGUCUAAAAGAUUUUUACCACUUUUUUUGUUUUGACUUAAGCUUAUAACCUGGUACAAAUAAUCCCAAUUUUAAAUGUGCCAUGAGAGAUAUAGGGGGUCCAUCGAUAACUACUUCUAUUAGGAAAGUGCCCGAAAUUUUUA